UACUUAAUCCCAAAUGCACGAGUCUAUUAAGCGUGAUCGUCUCACUGCUAAGGCUCCUACUCUCUAGUUCCAUUACCCACAGAUUCCCAAGAUGCUUGACGGCUGCGCCUCUAUUAUAGUGUGCAUUGCUGGCGUUGGUUAUGCGAUUGUCUCCGGAUCACGCCUGUUCAUCGCACCACAGAAGAAAAUUGACAAGCUGGAAGAAUCCCUGAAGAGGGCAAACUCCUUACACCAGCUCGUCGCAACAAAACUGUCGGCUGAAGAGUCAUUGGAUCUCAGUCAGACCCAGAAAGACCUCAUAGACGAACUCAAUGGGCUCGACAAGACACGAUGGGGUCAUUUGAAGAAUCUCGGCAAAUAUUCCCAAUUUAAAAAGAACGUAAAAGCUCACUGUCAAGAUGUCAAGAAAGUGAGUCGGCGUUGCCUUGCAGAGGCUCAGCUGGCCGAUGCAGCUGAGCGUGCUGCGAGAGAGGCCAUGGAAAAAGCAACCGCUCAGGAGGAAGAAGCUACCAAAAAGCGUUUGCAAAUAUUAGAGCAGGAUCUCCUUGCCCUCUUAGGCCGGAAAUUUUGGCGGCAGGCUUUGAAGAAGAAUCGCAGUCAACCUGGUGCCCCCAGGUCUCCUUCGAUGGCGGGAGUCACUCCAACAUCUUUCGAACUACUAAACUCUUCUAACACAUCAUUGCCCAUUUCUGUCAUGACUCCUCAUGGUUCAGAUACUCCUCGGCCUGGUCAAAUUUCCACCGCGCUUGACGGCCUCGUUCUGGAUGGAGAUCUCAUCGAUUUCUCUGACACCUCCCUUGACCUUGGUCAACGAGAUGGAAUUUUGAUCGAUUUAUCCACGGACGACGCCGGGUCCUUACACAGACUCUUCUCUUCUGACAGCGACAUCAGUUACCUGGAAGGGAUAAACCUUCUCAGUACGCUUCUGGACUCUCCCAAUGCCAUCAGGAUCCCGACCGAGGCGUCUCAUCCCAACGAAACACCCAUUUCUGACGAUGUACCCCCCUCUGCAUCCGGUACUAAUGUACCUGGAGUUGCUCCUGUUCCCGAACAGAACUCGGAAAAUCAGCACAUACCACCAAAGCGUUUUGGAGUCACAUUUAAUCAACUCUUAGAGGGUAUGCGAACAGCCUCCGGGUGUAUAUCUGCAUCCACGAACCUCUAUGGAGCCAUCGCAAAUGCAUGAAUCUGCUCGAAGGUUAGCAUCUGUCAUUCCAUGCUAUUGAAUAUGCUUCUUACUGAUUGCAUACCUUAGUAGCUUCGUUGACUGCGCCUUCGUAGAUAGAUACUUUUUCUCUAUCUAUUUUAUCUGACACUUUUUAUACCAUCUAUCUAAGUGUAUGUUGUACAAAAUAAUCAGAUCUUGCAUUAAACUG